AAUAAGUUAUUAUUGAAAAUAUAAAUGUUUGUAUUUCUGUCAAUAAACAGGACUGCAUUACUAACCUGUAAGGCCAAGGAGUCACGUAGUGUGAAAACACGCAGGGAGCAACAGCUGUUAGCCAUUAUUUUCUCCUUAUCCUCUCAACACCUCCGUGUCAGUUUGUUUUUAAUGGGUAAAUCACACUUUCUUCAUGGGACAUUUUCUCAUUUGGGGCAGAUAACUCAAGAGAAUUCUGUGACAAUUAAAGGCCAUUGGCCAAAGAUAUUUGCUCUUAGUUUAUCUUUCUGUACACGUUGAUACUUACUUUUAUGCUAUGUCAAACAAAUAAUGCUGAUGUGAAUUUGUUAGUCCUUUGUUGGUACUAAUAUGACAGUGCUUCUGCAUCUCUUCCUUAACAAUGAACUCUGCCUCUAUUCUUCUUGUACAAGAUGUGUUAUAUUUCCCAAGAGAGAAAUACCAACUACUGAAAUGACUCUCACUUAAUUUAAGCAAGGGAAGAAUCUGCCAUCAGACAGCUUUUAAACAUCUGUUCUACACUUAACCGCACUUGACAAAGUUUCACAGAAGCCGUUUGGAAACUGAAAAAAUAAAUAAAUAGAUACAAUCUUGCUUAUGAUCAAACUCACCUUACUGUGCCGGUUGCUUUGCUGCCAUCUCAAUUUCUGCGAAUGAUAAAGUGAAUAUUUACCAGCAAUAUGAGCCUUUUGCUCACUUUGGUUUUAAUUGUUUCAAUUCUAGGCCACAGUGAAAAUGAGAUCAUAGAAUCUUUGGUUUGGAUUGGAAGCGACCUUUAAGAUCAUGUAGUUCCAAGACUCCUGCAGGGACAACAACCCCUCUAGACCAGGUUGCUCUAAGCCCCAUCCAGCCUGGCCUGGAAUGCUUCCAGGGAGGAGGCAUCCACAGCCUCACCGGGCAACCUGUUCUGGUGUCAUAAUCAUUGCCAUGGGUCUUCCAUGGGCCAGUAAAUGAACUAGGUCUGGAGCUCUCCUUCCAAAUCUAGUGUAGACUGAUCCACCCACUCUGCCCAGCUUCCCAGGGCGGUUACUGCUUACUGCCUUGAUAUGCAACCCCUACUGCUGCUCACAUGCAUCAGUGAUUACAGUCUCAGAAAGAAAGAAAAAAAGAGAGAAAAUAAAAAUAGAAAGGAGGUCCCUCUGUGCUGAGGCACGCGGUAUGAGUUUGGCAUAAAACCAUGUACACGGAGCAGCUGAUGCUGGCGGUGGGUUAAAGCACCAGGAGCACAUGAAAAAGAGGAAAAGAAGGCACCUUUCCUUGAAAAGGAGACCCUACCAAAAAUCCGCUUUGCUAGUGAAGAGGGGCAAAACGUUAUGUGGAGUGUCAGGAAUGUAGCAGGGAAAUAAGGACCCCUGCCAGCAUCACCGGCUCCACCACCUCGGGGCGGAAUUCCCCUCUCCGUGCUCGAGCUCCGAACACAGGAGCUGCCCGGGGACCUACGGGAGGGUCUCGACAGCAAAAGGCCGGAGUCGCUGCCGGGGCUGCCCGGUGUCCCCCACCCCACUGCCACCGCAUCUCCCCCCCGAGGCCAUUUGGUCCAUGCACGCGUCCACGCUCCGUGUUGACACAGCGGCGCAUUCCCGCGGAGCCUUUUUGUUGACGGCGCUGGCAAAUGAGCCGGGGGAGGCUCUCAACCCCCGCAGGGUGGUGGAAGCCUCCGGAAAGCUGGCGCAGUAUGCGCACCCCGUGAGGCUAUUUUGGCCCAAAUCAAGGUGCUAUGAUUACCUGUAUCAGGAAGCUGAAGCACUUCUGAAAAACUUUCCCGUUCAAGCUACGAUUUCCUUUUAUGAAGACUCAGACAGUGAGGAGGAUGAAGGUGAACUGGAGCAAGAUACAAGCACAGAAUCACAUUGCUGAUGGCAAGAAAGGCCAAUCGAGACUACUUCUAUUAAGCUUAAUAUAAAAAAAAAAAAAGUAUUAUAGUAUUUUUAAAGAUAAUAUAUAUGUAAGUUAUUCUUAAUAAAGCUGGAAUGUUUUGUAAUUUUAUCUGA